ACUUUCUCCUCAAACCUCACUCUUUUCCUUCUUGUUCAAAAAACUAAAAUUCCUCAUUUCUCCUUACACAGCAAUGGCUAAAGGAGGCAAGCUUACGAAACUGAAAUCCGUACUGAAGAAAAUGCAAUCCUUCAAAAUUGGCCGCGUAAAUGGCAGUGCUGGCGUAGCAACACAUCAUCAUUCUUCUUCCGAAGAAGACGAUGCCUUUAACGAUGAAAAUCACUGCUCCGGCAAGAAUUUGCACACAGUCUAUGUCGGAAAAUCUCGCCGCAGGUACCUGGUGAGCUCCGAAGUUAUCGACCAUCCGCUAUUUCGCGAACUCGUGGAAAGGUCCGGAGAGUCUGAAGAAUAUAUUACAGUUGGAUGUGAAGUUGUUCUAUUUGAACAUUUGCUAUGGAUGCUUGAAAAUGCAGAUCCUCAGCCAGAGUCAUUAGAGGAAUUGGUGGAGUUUUACUCUUGCUGAUGUGGAAUAACUGUUAGUAACUCAAUGGAAAAAUAACUAUGACGUUGACCAAUAUUUCGUAUAUAGUUGUAAAUUUUUCGUUUUUUUUUUUUGUCAAGAGUUAAUGAUUUUGAUUAAUUAGUGGUAGAAGGAGGGGGCAAAAAAUAAAUUUAAAAAGAGGAUAAUAGAGAGGAUUAGCCCAAGGCAAAUCUCUUUUCUAUUAAAGAGACAAGCCUAUUGAGUGAUUUGUUAUUUAAUCAAUGCAUGUUCCAUUCUUUUCAUGUA